UCUUCAUAAGGAAAAUGGUGACUGCACAUGCGCAGGCAUAAAGUUUCUUUGUAAAAAAGUAGAUGUAAAUAAAUUUGAUACUUGCUGCACUUUAUAGUGUGCAUUUAGUCUAUGAUCAUAUUUUAUAAUCAAAUUAGUAUACACAUUCAACUGCCAAUGGUAUUUAUCUGACUCAUAUAGUGAACAAAUUUCUAUAGCUUUGUUUGGUGACAUUACAGAAGGUGUGUCAAAGUGUUUCUAAGCAAUUUCAUAUAAGAUUUGAACAUUUCACAUCAAAUCAGUUAUGGCUUCAGAGGAAAAAAAAGUUUGUGAUUUAUCUGACAUUACAUUAAAUGAAAAUAGUAAUCAUGACGUGCAAGAUCUUAAAGCAAAAAAACGACCAAAACGUGUAUUACAUUUCUCUGAUGGUGAUUUGGAAGAAUAUUCUGAAGAUGAAACAGAUGCUCCAGAACUCAAAGCGGUAACACAAGUAGAUCCAAAGACUCUUAAUUGGGCACCUUGGGCAUGGUAUCAAACUACAUGGUUUAGUGGUAAAGUACUAGAUGGUUGCGAUUACGUUGGGGAAUGGUUGGCCAAUUUUUUUGGUAUUACAUCUCCAAAGUAUGAAUUUGAAAUAAAUGAAUUUUAUAGACUUCAAGCACUUGAAAAAGAAAUGCAACAUCAACAUGAUUUAGAAAUGGGCGGAUGGAAUGAACAUAAUAAAAAUACCCUUAUAAACGAUAAUAAUGUACAAUGAAAUAACUGUGUUCUGCAAUGUUUAUUCAAUCACAAUGUUUCAUAGUUUAACAUUGUGUGUAUUAAAACCUUUCUAUUGUUACAAUUUAAAAUAUUUUAAUAUUUAUACUUCAAUAUUUAGAUAGUAAAUAUAAAAAAAAGGUUUGCUUUCAAAAGCAUCACAAGUAUGUAUAAAUUUUGUUACAUACAUAUGUAAUAAUAUAAUAAAUUAUUUAUACAAU